GACAUCGCCCUACGCGAGACAGUUCCGGACUUCCCCAUGAGGAGAGCGCACUCUUCUAGCCAACUGUUCCUGGGGUAAAUUGCACUCGCUCUCGACCAAAUGAAUUUCAAAUAUUGCAGUCUGGUGGAUGAGGUCAAGUCCAUCUCGGAACAGUGCAGCGCCCUUCUGGGGCAGCUCAAGCAGGCCGAGAACACGCUCCAAAGCCUGGUCGACACACGCGGCCACCUGGAGAAGGACAUCGUAAGCAAGCGAAAGAACCUUCACCUGGACCGCGACCGCAUCCAAGUGAUUCGACAGCAUUACCCUCCGGCAGCUGCUCUCACUGGCUUACAUUGAAUAUCACUGCCGAGAAGCUUGUUUUGUGAGGAAAUCACAAUAAAGCGAAAAGUGGAGAACAUCCUAA